UGCGAGGGAAGAAGACCCCCUCCGAAAUUCUGACGAUGCUUCUCUCCGGUUCGGUAUCUCCGAUGACCUACUCUCAGUUCGGAGUUUCAUGCUGUAUUAGACGUGUCGCUUCACUCUCGCCAUUCCUCCCGCAGCCUCCUCUCAGAUAUGCAGUGCUUGGUGCUGGUUUUGCCGGGCUCUCUGUUGCUUGGCACUUGUUGAAGCUCAGCUCCGAGGAGUUGAAGCUAAAUAUUGACAUAUAUGAUGAAGCUGGGAUAGGAGGAGGCGCAUCAGGAGUUUCUGGAGGACUUCUCCAUCCUUAUUCCCCCAAAGCCAAGCUUCUUUGGCAGGGCGCUGAGUGUUGGAAAGAGUGUUUGAAACUUCUAAAUGUUGCGGAAACAGCAGUCUCCUCCAACCAGUUCAACACAGGAACAGGAAAAUCUGAUAUGUCUUUUGGCAAUUUUAUUGUUCGGAGAAGGGGUAUCUUGAGACCAGCAACAAAUAUAAAGACUUUGAGCAUAAUGAAUGAUAAUGCUCAGAACUGCCUAGCCAGCUGUAGAAUAGACACCAUUGAUAAUGAUGCUGCGCAAAAUCUUGUGCCCAAUCUAUGUGUACCUUUCAACUUGGCCUACUAUAUGCCAGAAGCUGUAAAUGUCCAUCCUCAACGCUAUCUCCAGGCACUCUUCCUAGCUUGUCAAAAUUUAGCAAAAUCUGCUGGGAAGCAGUUUCGUUUGCACAGGAAAUGUGUUCAUGAACUCCUUGAAUUGGAAGGGGAAUAUGAUGCUGUAGUAGUAUGUUUGGGUGCCAAAGUAGACAUGCUUCCAGAGCUUGCUGGGAAGCUUCCUUUAAGGACAUGUAGAGGAGUUAUUGCUCAUCUCGAGUUGCCUGAUAAUAUUAGGGAAGAUUAUCCAGACUAUAGUCCAUCAAUAUUAUCGGAUGCAUGGCUUGCCAUCCAGGGAAACCGUAGUUUGUACAUGGGUUCGACAUGGGAAUGGAAAUCAAGGAAUUCAUCACCAACUGUCCUGGAAGAUGAAGCUUCAAUGGCUCUUCACGAGCUCCUCCCCAAGGCAUCUGCAUUUUUUCCAGGCAUAAAGCAUUGGAGGUUCACUGGAGCAAGGGCAGGUUUGAGGGCAAUGCCACCACUCACUCCCAAUGGUUCUCUUCCAAUUCUUGGUUGCGUUAAUGACCUUGUAGGUGUAAAUCAUAGCUGUAAGUACUGGUUAUUUGGAGGGCUUGGUUCGAGGGGUUUGCUGUACCAUGGAUGGCUUGGAAAAUUAACAGCUAUUGCUGUGCUUUCCUGUAAUGAAGAUUUGAUACCAUACGAACUGACCUCUUGGAAGAAUAUAAAUAAAUUAUGAUCUUUUCUUCUCUUUGGUU